CCAGCGGGCCGCCAGGGGGUGUGUAGCCCGGGCCCUCGGCUCGGAGGCGACUCUCGUCAGUGUGAGGCUGCUCGGCCCCGAGUCGGCGGCGUCGGGAACAGGCAGUGUCGUCCGUGGGCACGGGCGGAAGGCACUGAGUAAACUCCGGUGUCAUCCCUCAGAACUGAGUCAGCCCAGGUCAAGUCGGAGGCCGUGGGCACCCGGCGCCCAGGUGGCGGCGGACUUCGCAGGGCUGGACGCACAGGCCAAGACUUUAUCUCUGUAAUGGAUGUGGAUUGUGGGCUGGGAAGACAGAACUGGACCAGGACUAGGGCUCCUUGGUGUGCACACUGCCUCACCAGAGAACAAGGACCAGUUGCCUAGAAUGUCGUGAAUUCCUGUUGAAAGCUGGUAAAAUGAUUGUCCUGGGAGAAAGAGAUGGUUGAGCAAGGCCUUUGCUUCCUCACUUUGCUGGAGACAGGCAUGUUGGGGUCCACAUUCAUGCAGACGAGGACUGCUGCCUCCUCCAACUGUGUCCCUCUGCCUGGGCAGUCACUUUGAUCCAUGUGGUCCAUCCUUGAGAUUCACUUCUCACAAGUGCCCUCAGCAUGUCAUCAGCAAAAUCCCAAGCAUUGGAGGAGACAGUACCCGGCUGCGAAGAAGAGCUGAAAGGAAAAACACUUCUCCCUUGGGGCCCCCUUUUUGGUCACCGGAGUGAGAAGAUUGUCUUUACCAAAGGUGAUGGCAGUCCAGAGGAGAGCCUGCUCACCGUCACCAUCACAGAGACUACUGUCAUUGAGUCGGACUUGGGUGUGUGGAGUUCACGGGCUCUCAUCUACCUCACGCUGUGGUUCUUCUUCAGCUUUUGUACCCUGUUUCUCAACAAGUACAUCCUGUCCCUGUUAGAGGGAGAGCCCAGCAUGUUAGGUGCUGUGCAGAUGCUGUCAACGACAUUAAUUGGAUGUGUUAAAAUAUUUGUUCCUUGCUGUUUGUAUCAACACAAAACCCGGCUCUCUUAUCCACCCAACUUCAUCAUGACUAUGCUCUUUGUGGGCCUCAUGAGGUUUGCGACAGUGGUUUUGGGGCUGGUCAGCCUGAAGAAUGUGGCAGUAUCCUUUGCAGAGACCGUGAAGAGCUCGGCUCCCAUUUUCACAGUGAUCAUGUCUCGGAUGAUUCUGGGGGAGUACACAGGGCUGUUGGUCAACCUGUCCCUCAUCCCGGUCAUGGGAGGACUAGCGUUGUGCACCGCCACUGAAAUAAGCUUCAACAUCCUGGGGUUUUCUGCUGCAUUAUCCACCAACAUUAUGGACUGUUUGCAGAAUGUCUUUUCAAAAAAGCUUCUCAGUGGGGACAAAUACAGGUUCUCGGCCCCGGAACUGCAGUUUUAUACCAGUGCUGCUGCUGUGGCCUUGCUGAUUCCAGCAUGGACCUUCUUCAUGGAUGUCCCAGUGAUUGGCAGGAGUGGGAAGAGCUUCAGCUACAGCCAGGACCUCGUGCUGCUGCUGCUGACAGAUGGCGCCUUGUUUCACCUUCAGAGUGUCACUGCAUACGCCCUUAUGGGAAAGAUCUCCCCUGUGACUUUCAGUGUCGCCAGCACUGUGAAGCACGCCUUGUCUAUCUGGCUCAGCAUCAUCGUUUUCGGCAACAAAAUCACCAGCCUGUCUGCCGUUGGCACCAUCCUUGUCACAGUGGGUGUCUUGCUCUACAACAAGGCCAGGCAGUAUCAGCAGGAGACCAUGCAGAGUCUGGCCACAGCCACUAGCCGGGGUCCAGAGGGUGACACAGAGUCGCUGGUUCCCCAGGACUCUAGACAGCACCACUGAGCUCCUUCUGAUGCUAUGUCCCCUGGAAACCAGGCCUAGACUGUCCUCCUGCACUCUAUGCUGGAAUAGAGAGGCAGACUACGUGGUCAGGUCUCUUGCUUCUCACUCGACAUCAGGUGAGGAAUUUGGGAAUCAGCUUCUGCCUGACAGAGCCCUGCAGGAGGAAGCAAAUGGCCUGCAGCUACCCUGGCACACUGCCCAGGCUGCAAUUGGGCCAAUGACUCGGUGGGCUAACUGUGCAUUAAGCACAGGUUCCAGUACCAACAUGAAUUGCUCUCUGCUUGAUGCCAUCCAGGAGACCUCAACUUUCUUAUGCCUACCACCACCACAGGCACUGAAGCCUCUUGGCUCCUGACACUCUGUGAAACAGAAAUCUCAGAUGCCAAUGACUCUAGCAUGGAGCCACAAAACCCUGGGAAACCAGAGUGGCAGACAGAAUGGAGACAAGUGUCUCCUUCCACAGAGGGACAGUGCUUGUGUGAAGGGAGAGUCUCCCCUUUGGGCCUGUGUUACACUGACCUACCCCACUCCAGGUUUGCUGUCUCAUAUUUCUGCAGCCCGUUUGGUCAUUUCUCCAACUCUGGAAAGUAGGUGACAGAUCUCUAAUUAGAACAGGUGCCCAGGAGUUCCUUUCCAUCUUGGGUAUGAUGAAUGUGAAGCAGGCUGUUCCAAAUGGCAUAGCUGACCACCCGACCACAGUUCCCCUUCGGGAUGGAUAGUAGCAAAGUUCACCAGAGACUUUGAGUGUUUACAGGUUAUGUUGCAUUUAAAGUGACCCUGCUUUUUAACAAAGCAGGCACCUGUAAAAGUGGGGUAGGUCAGCUUCACACUUCUGGAGUGUAAGGUGAGUGAGUCUGUGUACACAGUGGCCUCUUCCCAGGGAUCAUAUGUGUCACUUCCUGAGCCACCAGGUGCCCAGAGCCUGUCCCUCCUCCCAGGGUCACUAGUGUCAGAGCUCAAGGUGUCUGAGUAGUGGAGGCUUGGGUGGCAUGAGAUGCUGAGGUUCUUCUACCUUAUCAUUUUGUAGGAUCUAAUUUAUGGUGCAAUCCAUGGCCAGCCAAUCUUUAAGACUCUCUCCAUUGACCCAAACUCUGAGACUUAUGAGCCUUAGCCACUGGCACUUCUUGUUCCAAGUCUCACUUCUCGUCUCUGCUGUACAUUUGCAGUGCCCAUGGUGGUUCACUGGUUUCCAAGUUGGGCUUCUUGCCUGGAAAAUAUGAAAUAGCCCCUCAAAGAGAUAGAUUGAGGUGAAAAAGAGCAAUAAUUAUGUCUAAGUUUAUUUACUUGAAAAAGUCUGCUAUGAUGAUGGAUCAAAAUGAGGCCUUUAUAUCUACAAGCCACCUGUUAAAAGACGCUGACUGUGUUCUGGACACAGGCUAGGUGUGUUCUCCCUGUGCUCUGUAAGGUCAGCUCCACUGUGCAGGUGUUCUCUCAUUUGACUUUGCCCAGGUUUCUAGUUUCUUCAAUGGAGGGUAGAUGAUGGAUGUUGGAUUAAUCUGUACAUUAGGCCUGUCUACUCAAGAAUCUGUCUGUGGAGCUACUGACACACACAGAAAGGCACAUGCUGUGGGCAUUGGUGGAAGGUCCCUCUGGCCUUCCUACAGACCUUGACUAGUUAUGCUGAGAGCCCCAAAAGACUGGUUUCUGGGUAGUAUUUGAAAUUUCUGUCUCUGUGUCCCAUGUGGAAUUAGGAAAUGGCCCACUGUGACAUGCUCUAGCUUCCCCUCCCCCACUUCACCAGCCUCUCAGCCUGCUUUGAUUUUCUAAGUUUGUGGACUAGAAACAGAAACAAAGAUUUUCUUAAUGCAAUUUAUUGUAAAGCUCCUUUGAGACUUGUCCUCAUCAUAGGCAGAAAGAUCAUGGAAUCUGUACUAAAGCCAGCACCAGUACCCUGUCCAGUUUACAUUCCAUCUACAUUGUUGCCACACACGGCCACUUCUUCCAGCAUCUCCAGGACAGGCAUAGAUCGAGAGUCCUGGAAGGACCCUGCUUGGCCAUUUGUUAUGACCAUACUGUCACAAUAUUUUUUUAUUAAUUUUGAGUACUUUUAUAGAAUUCUAUGUUCUUAAGAAUUGUUGCUGAUGUACAUGUAGAAAUAUCAACACCAGGUGUCUUUACUUGUCCUGGAUUAAUUCUUCCUGAGUCUAUGCCGUUGUCUGGUCAGUUUAGCAGAACACUGGAUGGACCUUCUGAGCCAGCCAUCUGCUUACUACACUACACCAUAUAGAUUUUUUUUUUUUUUUUUUUUUUUUUUUUUUUUUGGUUUUUCGAGACAGGGUUUCUCUGUGUAGCUUUGCACCUUUCCUGGAACUCGCUUUGGAGACCAGGCUGGCCUCGAACUCACCGAGAUCCGCCUGCCUCUGCCUCCCGAGUGCUGGGAUUAAAGGCGUGCGCCACCACUGCCCGGCCAUAUAGAUUUUUUUAUUGUUGUUGUUGUUGUUGUUUUUUGAGACAGGGUUUCUCAGUGUAGCUUUGGAGCCUGUCCUGGAACUCACUCUGUAGCCCAGGCUGGGCUCGAACUCACAGAGAUCCGCCUGCCUCUGCCUCCCAUCUGGGAUUAAAGGCGUGCGCCACCACCGCCUGGUGCAAGAUAUAUAGAUUUCUGGAAGCCGGAUGGUGGUGGCACAACCUUUAAUUCCAGCACUUGGGAGGCAGAGCCAGGUGGAUCUCUGUGAGUUCAAGGCCAGCCUGGUCUACCGCUUGAGAUCCAGGACAGACACAAAAACUACACAGAGAAACCCUGUCUCGGAAAAAAAAAAAAAAAAAAGAGGAAGAAGAAAUAUACAGAUUUCUAAUUUCAAAACACUUCUAGGGGCUGGAGAGAUGACUUACUGGUUAAGAAUGGUUAAGAACUAGUAGUUCCCUUGUUGAGGACACAUGUUCAGUUCCCCGAACACAUGUAGGGUGCCUCACACGUGCCUGUAACUCCACCUUUAGGGAUUUUGAUGCCUCUAGCUUCUUUGGGCAUCUGUACUCCCAUGCACAUACAUACCCAUAGGCAGGCGCACACACACACACACACACACACACACACACACACACACACACAAUUUAAACAUAAAUACAUUUAAAAAAACUUCCAUGGCUUUGGAGUGUAGCUUAGUGGUACAUCACUGUUAUGCAUUGGGAGGCCCUUGGGUUGGUCCCCAGCAGCACACAUGGGAUAGAGGGAUGAAUCAGAGACAACAAACCCCCAAAACUUACACCACUAAAAACCACAGAAGAUGUUUUGUUUUGUUUUUAAAGUUGGGCGUGGUGGCACUCACUGUAAUCAUAGUCCUGUGGAGGCAUUAGGCUACAUAGACAUUUCAAGGCCAAUUUGGGCUACAUAUUGAGACCCUGUUUCAAAACAAAAAAAAAAAAAAAAAAAAAAGCAUAUUUUUUUCUGAUCUUUGUAAUUUCUUCCAUAUCAGCACUAUAACUGUCUGCCUAGGAAGUUGAGAGUACUCUUGUGCAAUCCAAAAUGUGUUUCUAAUUUGAGAAAUGUAGAAACAAUGAAUCAGAGGAGAUGAAAGACAUUAAAAGCUACACCAGGGAAUCAGUCAAGUAAACUUCGUCCCUUUAAAGCUUCACAACACAAGUGGCUCUGUGACCUGCUCUGUAUACCACCUGGCUCCCCUGUGACCCUGCUGUGUACUCCACCACCUGGCUCCUCUGUGACCCUGCUCUCUAGACACCCUCUUGCUCCCCUGUGACUUUGCUCUCUAGACACCACCACCUGGCUCCUCUGUGACCUGCUCUCUAGACACCACCUUGCUCCUCUGUGACCCUGCUCUCUAGACACCACCUUGCUCCUCUGUGACCCAGCUCUCUAUACACCACUCUGCUCCCCUGUGACCCUGCUCUCUAGACACCACCUUGCUCCUCUGUGACCCUGCUCUGUACACCACCACCUUGCUCCUCUGUGACCCGGCUCUCUAUACACCACUCUGCUCCCCUGUGACCCGGCUCUCUAGACACCACCUGGCUCCUCUGUGACCCUGCUCUCUAGACACCACCUUGCUCAGUGGAGACAGUAAAUGCACAUCUCCGAGUGAAGUCUAGAACCUGCAAGCAUUUCCUAACAUUGGAGAAGAGUAAACAGAUGUUACUAGAGAUGGGAAACCAUGCCAGUUCUGAGUUGAGUUUCCCUUCAUAAGCCAUAUUGUCCUUUUAGUCCUUGAACUCUACAUCCUUCUACUUGAGCCUUCUAGCACUGACAUUACAAGCAUGUGUCACUACCCCCAGUUUUUUCAGUUCUCUUGCCCCUGAGAAACUGCUGUUUUUUCUCUCAACACAGAAAUAUAAGGCCUACCUAUGAGGGCCUCUUCAUCUCCCGCUUUUUUUUUUUUUUUUUUUUCUUUUUUCUUUUGGUUAGGGCUAGAACUCAGGGCUUCAGGAAUGCUGGAAAUGCUGUUGCUCUUUUCUGAGCUAUACUCCCAGUCUGUUUUCUUAGUUGAUAAAUGUCUUGGCUGUCUGCAUGAAUUACAGCAGAACCUUAAGGGUCAUGCUAAUUAUGGACAAACAGUACCAUCUACAAUUCAGAGUAUAGUAGGUUUUAACUUCAGUUUCUCCUAAGUAUGUUUUCCAGUUUUCUUGGGGGCUCUGAUUCUGAGUUAGGUGGGUGUUGGAUCCAUGUCCAAGUUUAGUUUGAAACCAAUCCAGUUGGCAAAUUGUGUGUGUGUGUGUGUGUGUGUCUGUGUGUCUGUGUGUGUGUGUGUGUGUGUGUGUGUGUGUGUGUGUGAUUAUCUCUUUGCUUUGUCUUUAGAUUUCAUUUCUGGGACUCAAAAUGCAUUAAAUUCAUUUAUAAUGUCUGGAUUUGGAGAUUGUUGUGAAUCUCUAUUUGUUCAAGCAGUGUUGACACUUUGGAAAAGACCACAGUUUAAGAUGGUAAGUCCCACAUCAAAAAAAACUUGAUACUAUCUUGGUAAUUGUCUACAUCAAAGCCAAGUCAUAUUUGUUUUGCACCAAACAAUGAGGGAACUAAAAUGCAUCAUAAAAUGUAUAAAAUGUUUUGUAUUUCACCUAUUUCAGUAUUUCAGUGAUUAUAUUAAUGCCUUCUAGAAUUCUGUUAAAUAAUUCAGUGAGUCAUGUAAUAAAUUGAUAUUGGGAAAGCCUCCUCAUUCCUUUUAUCCAAGCCACUAAUAGUUCUUGUAAAAUAAAUGUGAAAUAUGUA